AUGAUCUCCACCGUCACAGCAGCAUAUAACAUUCGUUCGUUCGCUUACGUGCAAGUUGCCGUGGCCGUAGCUGUUUUGUAUGAUCACGUAUUGACCUUCAGCAGUGAAAUAGAUUAUAUAUGGCGGAGGUCGCCUUCAUUAGUGACCGCCUUGUAUCUGUUGGACCGCUACUUGGGCGAUAUCAUUGUGAUCGUCGGCGCUUAUCUUUGCCUCACUGAGGAUGCUUCGACAGAAGUCCGAGCUUGGGGUACUCUUCUGAUUUCAUGGCUGACUCAAUGCAUCAUGCAACUCCGAAUAUAUGCCAUGUACCGGCGGUCCAGACGGAUACUCGUGCUACUAGUUCUUGCUUUUUUCGGCGAGGUCUUCGCUGUUGUUGUAAUCAUCUGGAAAACCAUUGGUCCAACAAGUAAAUUUGUCGUCACCAAUGAGGCAUAUCCUGGAAAGCACUUGUGCUCCUUCUCCGGAAUUAACACCAACUUCACUUACUUGUUCAUACCCGUCUUCUGCUUUGAAAUCUUGCUCUUCUCCCUUGCUAUCAGAGUUUCCCUAAACAAUAUCAGAGACAAGAGGAGACUCCCUGGCGCUUCCAUCUUGUGCGUAGACUCAUUCAUGAGCAUACUCUUACGAGAUAGCAUCUUGUAUUUUUUCAUAAACCUGGCAAUGUGCGCUAUCCUCAUGGGCCUGUGGCGCAAUGCCGCUGAAAUGCACGCAAAUAUAUCUAUCCCAUUCGUCAUGCUCGUCGAGACCGUGAUCGGUAGUCGCAUGGUCAUCAACUUCAAGGAACACUGUAAUCGCCGUUUCAGCUCAGAACCGAUCAUGAUCGCAGGGGGCCCCGGAUCAAUACGUUUCGCAGGCGUGAGCCUAGAAACCGCUCGCCUGGAUACCAUCCAUGAAGAGUUGAUGAAAGGUGAUGAGAUGCAGACGAUCAAGGAUGAAGAGAGUGCUGAGAUCAUCACGUUUGAGGCGUUAUGA